AUGGCUGCCAAACCUAGUGUACUUUUCGUCUGCAUUCACAACGCCGGUCGGUCCCAAAUGGCCGCUGGCUAUCUCAGUCACCUCGCCGGCGACGAUAUUGAAGUUCGCUCUGCCGGCUCCGCCCCAGUCGACUCCGUCAAUCCUAAGGUCAUCGAAGCCAUGCUUGAAGAAGGCAUUGACCUCCGCAGUCAAAAACCUAAGAUUUUGACUACCGAGGCGGUCCAACUCAGCGAUGUUGUCAUCACCAUGGGCUGCGGCGAUGUCUGCCCCUUCUUUCCUGGCAAGAAGUAUCUUGACUGGCAGUUGAACGACCCCGCGGGUCAGGGCAUAGAUGCGAUCCGACCCAUCCGUGAUGACAUUCGCCACCGUAUUGAGAACCUCAUUGCAGAGAUCAAGUCUCAAAGUUCGGCUGUGUGA